UUCCAGCCGUUCACGUACUAAGGAUUCCCUGCGCAUCAGAACAGUUCCAGCCACUGCGACCAAUAUGUUCGCUUAGGGGCUGUCGGGAGUGGUCGGAACUUAGUGACAGCAGAGCGCAGAGGCUAGCAAAUCGCCCCGCAUCUUUGUGAGCACGUGACACAAGUGUUCGGGAAAACAACAACAAUCCCCCAGCCAAUGGAAAUAGGGGGUAUGGCCACGUGCCAAGGGGCGUGCCGCUUGUUGAUGUUCGAUCUUGGCCUAUUGGAACCAAGGAGGAGGGUGUCCCUCUCUUGCUGUGACUCUGGAGCCAGAUUUGAGCGUGACAGGAUUUUGGAGUCUCAGGCCGGGCAUGGCCAGCACCAUAUACUUCCUACCCAGCAGCCUCAGUAUGGUAGCAGCUACAGCCCACAGGCACCGCCCUCUUCUGUCAUUCCUGUCCCCAAACACAGGCUGGAUGAGGCAAUUGCUGCUGCUGCCUUGACGAGUUUGUCAUCGGGCCCCAUGGCUCUGGGAGUGGGGAGCACAGACUCUAACGGACAACAGUGUUGGGAUAGCACUGCCGUUUCCUCCAUUCACAGAAGCAUAAAUACCAGUGGGCUGUACAUUGAAAUGCCUGCCUCAUCCAUCUCAUCUCCCCCUCCGCACUCAGCGCACUCCUGCUUCCACCCAGAUGCUGCCAUUGAGGAUUCAGACACCACCCACCUCUUGUUUGGUGAUCCGAUUCCACGAAAGAGAAAGAAUUCCGGCCGGAUUAUGUUUCGUUGCUUGUGGAAGAAUUGUGGAAAGGUUCUUAGCACUUCUGCUGCCAUCCAGAAACAUAUCCGAACAGUCCAUCUUGGGCGGAGCACAGAGCAAGAGCACAAUGAUGGGGAAGAGGAUUUCUAUUAUACAGAAAUUGAUGUCAACAUAGAUACUCUGAGUGAUGGACUCUCCAAUCUGACUCCCACCUCACCCACCACAUGUGGACCCCCAUCCUUUCCAUACGCCAUGUCCCUGGGAGCUGUCAAUGGCACAGAAUUGCCUCUCAUAUCCCCACUGAGUCUUUCUGCUCCUGGCAACCUAUGCCACGUGCACUCAGAUCAUGCAUAUCAGGCUUUGUCUCCUGUCACCAUUUCUGACAACCCCAAAGUUGGAUUUUCCUGGCAGUCACCCCCAUUGCUCAUCAAAGCUCCAGCAGUCCUUCCAGCGUUGAGUAUAACUGAGAAGGUGCAGCCGCAAGUGAUCACUGCUCCCUCGCUCUCUAAGCCAAGCGCAGUGACCCGAAAGCCACGUGGAGAAGCCAAGAAGUGCCGCAAGGUGUAUGGGAUGGAGAGGAGGGACAUGUGGUGCACGGCGUGUCGCUGGAAGAAGGCCUGCCAGAGGUUCAUAGACUGAAGGGUGCUGGGGUACUUUAAAUUGGAUCCAGGACAGUUUUAAUCUUUAAUAAUGAAUUCCCUUUUCCCAUUUUGUUCCAGUGGAGCUCAGUGUGGCCUGUUGGUCAGGGUCAGUGUCCUGCAUCAUGGGGCAUUGAGGGGCCAGAGCAAGUCAUUUUUAUAGGGCGAUGGGCACCACAGGGACAUGGUGGGGCAACUGUGCAUUUAAAGAUGUUCCAGGCUGUACCUUAGCCAGCACCUUUGACAUUUAUUGCACCCCACUAUAGGCACAGCUCAACCUCGGGGGUAGUUGGGGCACUUUUUUUUGCCUGUGUGUAAGGGUCAUGCUCCUCCAGCCUCAUUGUAUAAUAUUGGGGGGCACUUUCCGGCCUCUUGGGGAGGGAUACAUUAAUACCCCCAGACCCUGGGACUGUCCUAUCCUGCUAAUAUCCCUAGGAGUGCACUGCACACUAUUUCACCCUGGAUUCAGGCAUGCUUGUUUUUGCCCCGGCGGGGGGGGGAUAUUAGCAGUUUGUCGCUAUCUUUGCACAGUAAGGGGCACAUUUUAUACGUGUUUUAGUGAGUUUUUGUAUUCUGUGACCUUUAAAGCAACAGCAGCACUAUUACUGGGGAAAGUGUGAGCUUGCAGUGGCCGCACUACGUCGGUGCUGUUUGUGGGAGUAUAAUAUACUGCACUGUAUCAGGUGGGACGGUAGUUGCCAAUAGGGGGUACAUUUGUGUAUGUAAGGGGGCAGUUGUACUGUGGCAGAAUCAUGAAUAGUGUGACUGGGGGAAGCGUACGGAGUGUGUGUGUGUGACUGGGGGCAUCACCCUGAGUUGUACUGAAGACCCCUAGGAGGACUGGGAAGGGUCAGUGCAGUGGGCCCAUAGAUUAGGGUGCCUGCGGGUCAGGCAAAGUGACUAGUCUCAUGUAACCCAGUAUGAAAAAGACCCACCUUCUCCAGCAGUUACUGCCCCUGCCCUAAACUGUGCAUAGGGUUGCCACCUUUUCUGGGAAAAAAUACCGGCCUUCCUAUAUAUUUAUCUUUUUUCCCUAUUCAUAACAUUGGGAUCAGCCAUCAUUUUUACCGGCCAGGCCCUACCUGUGCAUCUGGCCAUUUGCAAGAUCUGGGGCAGUUCCCAUGAGGCUUUUCUGCCCAACAACCCCCCCCCAUCAAACUUGUAGCCAAGGUAGUGACAUCACACUCUAAUGAGCUGGUGAUUGGUGGGGCAGUUGCAGAUUGUGUCCAACCGUUUUACAAACUCACUCUAGAGCUAAUUUGGCCCUUGGGCUUGGAACACAGUCCUUCCUCCUGCCUCGUUCUUCCCUCUGUGCUGGGUCAAUUCUACCAAAUCACAGCCAGUUGCUGCUGGUACCAAUAGGGGCCUGGAGUAGUGAGCUCAGUGCAUGUAUAUAGUGAGGCACGGCCGGGCACCCCCGAAACUGAGCGCCUCAUUUAUAUGGGCCCUUAGGCUGCUGCUGGAGGGGAGUGUGGUUCUUUCUGCUUGAUAUGAUUUGGUAUCCCCUGCACCUCUGACCUGUGUCUGCACAAGCCAUCUACAGGGGCAGAGUUGUACCCAUGUGCAUGGAGGUGGCGUGUGGCAGAAAGCACGGAUAUGUCACAUGUCUCUAAAGGGCUUCUCUGGGACAUUCCAAAGUUGCAUGUGAAACGGAGGCUUCAUAUAAACUUUAUGUGUAACGAUAAUGGGGAAAACUUUCUUGCACUAAGUGUGGCCGGGCGUGUCAGGCUUCCUGUGCCACUGAGAUUGCACUAAGUUUGGCCGGUGCAUCAGGAUUACUGUGCACAGAGUGUGGCUGGGAGUGUUGGCGUCUGCAUUUGCAUUGCGCGCUCUUCAGUCAGUGCCACUGAGUCUUUGGGGGGGGGGGGUUCCUGUAGGAAACUGUGUGCACUGGGUGGGUAUAUGGAUAUUACUUUCCAUUUGUCAGGCUGAGUUUGUGACAUGACACAGCGCCACCUUAUGGAGCAAUUGUGCCAAGCACAGAGCUGAACCUCUCACGUCUAUCCGCAGAAAUUAAAGAUUUUCUUUUUGUACCUUU